CCGGCGGCCUCCCGCCCCCCAGGCCCCUGGACAAUGCUGUCAUUGUCAGCACAGAGAGUGGUUAAUUCUGGAUGAAUGGUACACGGGCCUCUUGACCAAGGAGGCUGCUCGUCGUCCCCAGUCUGUCCUCUCACAUGCCAGGGAGGCCCCGGGCUGGAGUCUGGCUGGCAGAUCUGGCCUGCUUGGUGGCACCGGAGAGAACAGGGCGGUCCCUUGGGGGCGCCGGCUGCAGAGGCCCCAGGCUGGACGGAGCUUCCUGUCCUGGGUCUGCACGGCAGCCACUUGGCAGUGCCGGGCUAGGGUGGCAGGGCCCCACUGCAUCUCGGUUCCAGGGCAGAGGCUGCUGCUGCCCUUUGGGGCUGACUUCAGGCAUGACCUCCUGGCCAGGUGGCAGCUUUGGCCCUGACCCGCUCCUGGCCCUGCUGGUGGUGAUCCUGCUAGCACGCCUCAUCCUGUGGUCCUGCCUCGGGACCUACAUCGACUACAGACUGGCCCAGCGGCGGCCCCAGAAACCCAAGCAGGACUAAGCCUCUGCAGGCUGCGGCCUCCACGCGCCCUGUCCCGAGACUCAGCCGGCCCUUCCAGUGGUGGUGGGAGGGAGGGGAGCAGGGCAGGCGCAUGAUCCCCAUGUCCCACCCCUGGGGCAGGAGCUCAGA